AUGGCCGUCAACGGCACUCCGUCACCGUUCGUGACCUUGGUCUCGUCCGACGGCUUUGAAUUCCACGUCCGUCGCUCCGCUGCCUGCGUGUCGGCGACCAUUCGCCGCAUGUUGGAUAUGCAAAACAACUUCAGCGAAGCUCAGACCGGCAUCUGCCACCUCGAAAACAUCAGCGGCAUCGUGCUGGAGAAGGUCGUCGAGUACUUCUACUACAAUGAGAAACACCGCAACAGUGAAGGAGUCCCAGACAUGGAUUUCCCCUCUGAGUUGUGCUUGGAGCUGCUGAUGGCUGCGGACUACCUGAUCACUUGA